CAUCAGCGAAGUACAGUCAUUUUUCCGAACUACGACCGCUAUCGCACAAUAUUACGCAAAUCAGGCGUAUCUUUCCUUGUCGAUGCCCUUGAAGAACAAAUUAGCAAUGCAGCUCAAACUGGCGAACAUCCUCUCUCUUUCGGCUCUUGCGUCGAAUGUCCUCGGUGCAGUUCUGCCAGGUCACCCUCCCAAACAUGAACUCGACAAGCACGGCUGUUCGCUCGGUACAUGGGCAAUGCAGAAUUGCGGAUGGUUGGCAAUGGCAAGUAAUGCAAUGCCAGGGUACAGGCGAAUACAGCAUCGCUGCGGUCUGUCCGCCUCCUCAGACUUGUCAAUUUGGUGUCAAUAAUGUCCCUUACCGUCGAUUAUGGUGGGAAUCGACGUGGCUGGGAAGGGGUUUACAGGCACCACCAAUGCGACUAGGCUUACUGGGGGUGG